GUGUAGCUGUUGACACAUCUAUACCGAACACCUUUUAGCACGCACACCUGACACUUGGAUUGCAGCAUGCAGCAACCAGGCCGGCUGAGGCUGAGGCCAUGGCUGGAGGAGCAGAUUCAGUCUGGGAGGUAUCCAGGGGUCAGCUGGCUGGACCAGUCAGCACGAAUCUUCCAAAUCCCAUGGACACAUGCCGCUCGUCAUGGCUGGAGUAUUGACCGAGAUGCUACACUCUUCAGGAGUUGGGCCAUGCACACUGGACGGUACCGUCCAGGCAAAGACAAGCCAGAUCCCAAGACAUGGAAAGCGAAUUUCCGCUGUGCCUUGAAUUCUCUGCCUGACAUCUGUGAGCUGCGGGAGCACAGCAGGAAGAGAGGCAGCAAUGCCUACAGAGUCUACAGGAUGCUGCCCAGCACGCAGACGCACAGACGCAGGAGAGGGCUGCGGUUCAGCAGGCCCAGAGAAAGACAGGCGAGUUUAGGUGAUGAUACAUACACCAUGCACACUUGGCAACCCACAACAACAAGACCUAUUUCAGACAUGCCACAGAAGGUGGAGAUCCCUGCAGAGGAUGUAUUUAGCAGCACUCAGACAUAUGGGAUGUGGGAGGCCAAACCAGAGGAACAGGAACAGAAUGAGGCUGUGUUUAAGCUGAUGGACCACUUAAGCAACACUGACCUCUGGAACCAAACUCCGGAGCAGAGAAGGUGGAGGACACAUACGCUGUGGGAUCACUGGCACUGUGCUGGUGAUGAUAACCCAUACUCUCUGCACCCAGAAAACUACAGUGAUCUCUUUGGUCAAAACUACAUCAAGGAACUCUCUGAUUGGUCCACACAUCAGCAAACACUGUUGCCGUAGCUGUGCACCACUGGCUCGUCCUCCUACCAUUUGUGUUCAUCGCAUAUUUGAUCUAAGGUUGUGCUUCCUUGCUAACCCUCAGCUGUUUUCCUCCUGCUGUCUCUCUGCUGAGCUGACCACUGAAAAAGAGAAACAAGAGAGGGCGAGUGGACAGAUAUAUUGCUCUGUCAGUCAGUCGGUCGGUCACCCUCUCCUAUUUUGCUGCUGAGUAUGCUGAGAUGAAGAUCCUGUUCCAAGCCAAGCUUUACCUCUGUCAUCAUCAUUUGGGUUCGCUGUGGUUCAGUGCCUCAAACUCACUGAACUGACACCAAGCUCACACCACAGCUAACAGAGUAAACAGAUAUCAUUUCGCUUCAGUGCAGGAUCAGUUAUUGCCCGACUAUUAUAUAUUAUUUUAGUUUUACUGGAGCCAACACAGUAAAAUAAAGUGCACAAUACGGAGGCGGGACAUGUGGCUCUACAGUUUGUAGGUUUGUUGAUGAGUGGAGCUCUAAGCUGACUUAAAUUGCAAUGUAUUUUUGUCCAUAUAUAAAGUAUGUGUGUAAUUCCUUUAUCUUUGUAUCCUUGUUGUUUUUUUUCAGUUUUAAAGACUUUCUCCAUUGUACUCCUGGUACUUUUAAUUUUUUUGAGGCAGCUGAUGGUGCUGAUGGUAGUUUGUUUUGUGUGAUAUUGUACAUGUUUCUAGUUUUGUAUUUUUUUUUUUAAAUAAUCCUGCAUUAACAAAAUGUAAAAAUUAUUAAAGGACAUUACCUUCUCUCUCUACAUAUAAAUAUAUAUUUGCUGUGUGUGCUUGACAUGUUAUUUUUGCAAAUAUUGCUGCAGAAAAGUAUCUGGAUAAAAUACCAUUUCUCAGUAGGGCUUUACCAUAAUUAAAUGUGUCUGACUUAUCCUGUAGCUGUAAAAAGAAAUGCAUGUGAAGUACCAAAUAAAUACAGCUACACGUACAUUUAACUCACAGUCCCGCCCGUGAUUUGUGCCUGUACUUUACAUGUUGUUUUUAUAGACAUACAUUUUUGACUUGUCAA